UCGCCGGGCGGAGCGAGCGCUCCGUGCCGACCAUGCCGGAGGUAAAGGCCGGAGCCCAGGGAGCCGCCGCGCCCCUUAGAGGCGCCGCCCGCCUGCCCCUCUGCCGCGGGACGAGGAUCGGCAUGGCGUCUUGGCGGGACCUGCUUUUCUCUCAGCUCGGCCCCGUCUGCCGCGGCGGCAGAGACUGGCCGCGGGGAGGCUUGCGGCACCCGCGCCGCCGCGACCGGGCCGAGGGCAGCCGCGAACCCACGGCAUCCGCGCCGCAUGAGACACCCAAAUCUUGGAUAGAAGAAGUCUUCAGUAAAAGAGAAUGUGCAACCAUUGUUCCCUAUUUGAAAGACCCUCACAGAUGUCUUGCAGGAUGCCAGGUGUGCCAGAAUUUAAUCAGAUGUUGCUGUGGAAGGCUGAUUGGAGAUCACCCAGGAGUAGACUGCAGCUGGCCUGUUUGUCAAACUGCUCUGCAGAGAGAUGAAGAAUGGUCUGUGCAAAAACACACUAAGACAAGCCCAACAGAUGCAUUUGGUACAAUCAAUUUUCAAGAUGGAGAUCACACAUACCAUGCAAAGUACAUUAGACUCUCUUAUGAUAGCAAUUUGGAUCAACUCUUGCACCUGAUGAUUAAUGAAUGGCAGAUGGAGUUGCCAAAGCUAGUCAUCUCUGUUCAUGGAGGCACUGAAAAUUUCAAACUUCCCUCAAAGGUCAAGCAGGUUUUCAGUAAAGGAUUGGUGAAGGCUGCUGAGACUACAGGAGCAUGGAUCAUUACUGAAGGCAUCAACAGCGGAGUGUCCAGACAUGUGGGGGAUGCACUGAAAGGACGUGCCUCACCAUACCUGAGAAAGAUCUGUGCUGUUGGGAUCCCCCCAUGGGGUAUCAUUGAGAACCAGAGGGAUCUCAUUGGGAAAGAUGUAGUUUGCCUGUACCAAACUCUUGGAAAUCCCCUCAGCAAACUAAGUACCCUCAACAGCAUGCAUUCUCAUUUUCUAAUGGCAGAUGAUGGGACAGUAGGCAAGUGUGGGAAUGAAAUGGUGCUCAGGAGGAAUCUGGAGAAGUAUUUGUCACAUCAAAAAAUACACACAAGAAUGGGCCAAGGUGUACCCGUAGUUGGGUUGGUGGUGGAAGGAGAUGCCAGUGUGAUUCCAAUGGUGUGGGAGUAUGUAAGGACCAGCCCACCUGUCCCUGUGGUGGUCUAUGAGGGCACUGGCAGAGCUGCUGAUAUUCUGGCUUUCACCCACAAACAUACGGGUGAUACAGGGGAGCUGCGCCCUCAAGUGAAGCAGGAGGUUUUAGUAAUGAUUCAAAACAUGUUUAGUUUGGGACAGAAACAGUCCAGUCAUCUAUUUCACAUUCUGAUGGAAUGCAUGGAGCACAGAAAGUCUAUAACUAUACUUGAUGUGGAGUCUGAAGAACAUCAAGACAUUGAUUUGUCAAUUCUAACUGCACUCCUGAAAGGUACAAAUAUGUCUGCAUCAGAUCAGCUGAAUUUGGCAUUGGCUUGGAACCAGCUAGAUAUUGCCAAGAAACAUAUAUUGGUUUAUGGACAACACUGGAAGGUUGGUGCAUUGGAACAAGCAAUGCUGGAUGCUUUAGUGAUGGACCGUGUGGAUUUUGUAAAGCUGUUAAUAGAGCAUGGAGUGAACAUGCACCGUUUUCUUACCAUAUCUCGUCUGGAUGAGCUCUACAAUACAAAACAAGGACCAUCCAAUUUACUUUUGCAGCACCUUAUUCGAGAUGUGAAACAGAGCACACUUCCCUCAGAUAAUAGGAUAUCCUUGAUUGAUGUUGGGUUGGUGAUAGAGUAUCUCCUUGGGGAAGCUUAUCGAAGCAGCUACACAAGGAAACACUUCCGAGUUCUGUACAAUAAUCUCUGCAGAAAGCACAAGAGAGUGCUCUCCAGCUUUUCGCAGAACCUGUCUCAUUCCCUUCAUCAGAGCAAUCAGAUGGGUAGCAGAAUGGGAUCUCCUGAAAAUACCUUGCAUUCUCAGUUCUUCAGAACAGCACAACCUUACAAAUGCAAGGAAAAAUCAACUGGUUUCCAUAAGUCUAAGAAGAAAUUAAAAGAGAAUAUAAAAUUUGCAGAAAACUAUGAGUCAUCUGGUUUUAUCUACCCCUAUAAUGACCUCCUGGUUUGGGCAGUUUUAAUGAGAAGACAGAAGAUGGCAAUGUUCUUCUGGCAGCACGGAGAGGAAGCCAUGGUCAAAGCGGUUGUGGCUUGUAAACUCUACAGGGCAAUGGCACAUGAAGCUAAACAGAGCAACAUGAUGGAUGACACUUCAGAAGAACUUAAGAAGUACUCAAAGGAAUUUGGGCAGCUUGCUUUAGAUAUAUUGGAGAAAGCAUUCAAACAAAAUGAACAAAUGGCCAUGAAGUUGCUGACCUAUGAGCUGAAAAACUGGAGCAACUCGACAUGCUUAAAACUGGCAGUGUCUGUGGGCCUUCGGCCUUUUGUGUCUCAUACUUGUACACAGAUGCUGCUGACUGAUAUGUGGAUGGGACGUCUGAAGAUGCGGAAGAACUCCUGGUUUAAGGUCAUUAUAAGUAUUCUCCUGCCUCCCACUAUCUUGAUGCUGGAGUUUAAAAGCAAGGCUGAAAUGUCUCAUGUGCCUCAGUCUCAAGACUUCCAUCAGUUCGCAUGCUACCAUGGUGAUCAGAGCCCAGCCAGCACUAAAGAUGUCCUGUCUCUGAAAGAUUGUGAUGUGGAGAAGGUAGCUCACACGUCUGAUGAAAGUCAAGUAGACGACGCACAAGGAAACCUGACUGGCACUAGAAAAAUCUAUGAGUUCUACAAUGCACCGAUUGUCAAAUUCUGGUUUCACACGAUGGCAUACAUGGCCUUUCUCGUGCUCUUUACUUACACUGUGUUGGUGAAGAUGGAACCAAGACCAAGUGUGCAGGAGUGGCUUGUUAUUAUUUAUGUUUUCAGCACUGCCAUUGAAAAAAUCAGAGAGGUGUUUAUCUCAGAACCUGGAAAAUUCCGCCAGAAAGUGAAGGUGUGGAUUUAUGAAUACUGGAAUUUUACUGAUUCGUUAGCUAUCAUCCUGUUUAUGAUUGGUUUUGGCUUGCGCUGGUCUGAGCCCCCUGUUCAAACAGUAGGGCGGCUACUUUACUGCUUGGAUAUAAUAUUUUGGUACGCUCGGCUCCUUGAUCUUUUUGCUGUGAAUCAGCAUGCUGGCCCAUAUCUGACAAUGAUUGGGAAAAUGACAGCAAACAUGUUCUAUAUUGUGAUUAUGAUGGCCAUAGUUCUGCUGAGUUUUGGCGUCUCACGAAAGGCAAUCCUUUCACCAGAAGAACUUCCUUCUUGGUCUCUGGCACGAGAUAUUAUAUUUCAGCCCUACUGGAUGAUGUUUGGUGAGGUCUAUGCUGCAGAAAUAGAUGUCUGUGAAACCAAUGAAGACUGUCCUCCUGGCUCCUUCCUCACACCAUUCCUCCAAGCUGUCUACCUCUUUGUGCAGUACAUCAUCAUGGUCAACUUACUCAUUGCUUUCUUUAAUAAUGUUUAUUAUGAUUUGAAAUCCAUAUCGAACAAGCUCUGGAAGUACAACCGGUACCGCUACAUUAUGACCUAUCAUGAGAAGCCAUGGCUGCCUCCACCUUUCAUUCUCCUGAGCUACAUUGGACUUCUGAUAAACCGCAUCUUCCGCCAUCAACCCUCAAAUGAGUCUGAUCAAGAGGAAGGUGACGUUGGACUGAAGCUGUACCUGAGUGAUGACGAGUUGAAGAAACUCCAUGACUUUGAGGAACAAUGUGUGGAAAAAUAUUUUCAUGAGAAGAAUGAAAGCUUGAGUUCCAGUGACAGCGAAAGGAUCCGUGUGACGACAGAGAAGGUGGAGGAGAUGUUUCUGCAAUUGAAAGAGGUGUAUGAGAAGGUAUUUUAUAUCAAGGAAUCUUUGCUUUCCUUGGACAGCCAGCUGGGACAUUUGCAAGACCUGUCUGCUUUGACAGUGGACAUCCUGAAAGUGCUUUCAGCUGUAGACACACUGCAGGUGGAAGAAGCCUUACUGGCUGACAAAAAACAUAGGCCCUGUAGAAAGCUGCCCCACAGUUGGAACAAUGUACUCUAUUCCAAGACCCUGAGCAGUCUAGAAUGUUUGUAUGACAAGAAGUAUCACUACUACAGCAUGCCACCCUCACUCUUAGGGAGCUUGGUGAGGAGUCAGCAGCCAUCAAAAUAUACAGACCACAUACUGAGGACUGAGAGUGACAAGCUGGUAGAAGGUAGUUCUCAUAAGAUAGAAAGUGAUGACACACUUACUUCAGGUGUGUCCUCUGAGUCUAAGUCAUCCCCCAGAUAUGGACAAUUUUUGCUAGUUCCUCCUGAUCACCAGCGGGCACCUUUCUCUGACACCAUCACCUUAAACUUGUCCUUUUCGAGCACUCCUACCAAGUACAGGGAACACAUAUUCAAUGAUGGACUGCAAAGCAGCAUUGCUGUGCAGCAAAACUUGCGGAGCAUCAGCCUUGUUGAAAAAGAGCCAGAAAAUUAUCAAUGGAAUCAGAGAGACUUUAUUAUUCACCUGCCUUCAAAAAAGACUAAUGCCACAGAUGCUGAUCAUUCUCUCAGUCUCCAGACAUCGCUUGAAGUCAGAGAAAAUGCAGCACCCUACUGUGAUGACAGGGAAGAAACCGAAGGUGGUUAUGUGAACUGGGGAUUCUCUGAAGGUGAUGAAAAAGGAGUUUUCAGCUCAAGGGAGAAACAGAAGAAGGACCUGUGCAUACAUUCCACCUUUAACUGUGACUGUAGUUGCACAAGUAGACCUCCCACGCACAUACAGAUAAAAGAAUCUAAGUCCUUCUCCUAUAACUCCAACAGCUCACGGCACAGCAUCGUCAUUUCUGAGAAUAAACUGAAACACAGCACCUCGUGGAUCAGUCCACUCUGGAAGCAAUGGAGUUUCUGCAAGAACUUACCAUCCCCUAAAAAAGAGAGGAGAGGGAAAAGCUGCAAGGCCACAGAUGAGUCUUUACCAUCUUGUGAGCUACACCACAGUGAAGAAACAAAAGCAAAACAACAAAACAGAGACAGAAAGUCUGGGAGAGAAAAGAAGGAUCAAAAACCCCUUCAGGUGCCGGUGAUUCGAGUGGAUGGUUGUUCCCCGAACACCCAAGUGAGCUCAGAGCCUACAGAGAUUGGUCUCUGGGAUGGGGAAGAAAAACACAGGAAGAACUGGCUCACUGUGUCUAAUUUCAGUCAGCUAAGUUUGGAAUAUCUCAGUUACAUGCACCAGAAAAUGAAAAAUCAAGACAUCCACAGGCAUACCAUACAAUUCUGUGAUUACCUGAGGAAUUCUCGGGAGGAUUUGAGUAACAGCAUGUCUGGAAGCAUCCACAGAAGUAAUCUGAGCAGGAACUCCUCGUUGAGAGCUGCAGAAAGAACUGACAAUAUGUUUGGAUGCUUGAAAACAGCUCCAGAUCUGCAGUGUCAUUACUCAGCUGUCGAAAGAAACAACUUAAUGAGACUUGCUCAGACCAUACCAUUUACACCAGUCCAGCUCUUCGCUGGAGAGGAAGUGACUGUGUAUCGACUAGAAGAAAGUUCACCUAUGAACCUUAGUAAAAGCACGUCUUCUUGGUCCCGGCGUGGUAUGGCUGCAAUGAUCCAAGUCUUGUCACAAGAGGAGAUGGAUGGGGGUCUGCGGAGGGCCAUGAAGGUCAUUUGUACUUGGUCUGAGAAUGAUGUGUUAAAGUUGGGACAAGUAUUUAUUGUGAAGUCUUUUUUGCCCGAGGUGGUUCAGACUUGGCAAAAGAUCUUUCAUGAUGGUACAGUGUUACAUCUCUGCCUGAGGGAGAUCCAACAGCAAAGGGCGGCCCAAAAGUUAAUCUAUACCUUCAAUCAAGUGAAGCCUCAUACUAUUCCCUAUACUCCAAGGUUCCUGGAAGUUUUUCUCAUUUACUGCCAUUCUGCAAACCAGUGGCUGACCAUUGAGAAGUACAUGACUGGUGAAUUUCGGAAAUACAAUAACAACAACGGAGAUGAGAUUACACCUAGCAGCUUGCUUGAAGAGCUGAUGCUGGCCUUUUCUCACUGGACCUAUGUAUAUACUCAUGGGGAGCUCCUCGUCCUGGAUAUGCAAGGUGUUGGAGAAAACCUUACAGAUCCAUCUGUGAUUAAACCUGAAGACAAAAAGUCUGGAAAGAUGGUAUUUGGACCAGCAAACCUAGGAGAAGAUGCAAUAAGAAAUUUCAUUGCAAAGCAUCAUUGUAACUCUUGCUGCAAGAGGCUGAAACUUCCUGAUUUGAGAAGAAAUGUCUGCACAAUGGAAAGACUCUGUCCAGCCUACAAAAAAGAAAUAGAGACAAGUGCCAGAGGAAUUGAUGAUGAAAACAAGACUGUGGAGUAUGACACACGGCUGUGAAGCAAUGGCUGCAAGCAGAGUUCACUAUUGGAAGCUUGAAAACCUGUUCCUUGUCAUUGCCGUGGGUCAGCUCAAAAGAACAAAACACAGACAUCUGAAUGUAGUGUCUGCUCAUGUAAUGUUCUGCUGAAUGCAGUGUUCUGCUCACUUGACAGAUGCAGUAGGCAAGAAACAGCAAAAAAAAAUCUUUUUAUUUACUCCCUUCCCAUGGCCUUCUGAUGGUCUGUUUUUACUACUUGUUAAAUUGCCAGGAGCAGGUCACUCAUUAGCUUGCUUAGGAUAAUAACUGGGUUAUUGCUUAGGAUAAGAAGAGAUAUUAGGGUAAUAAGAGAUAAGGAUAUAUUUUAAAUAUAAAAAUAUUUACAGGGAGAAGUGAUUUGAUAUGAUUUAUCUAACUGCUCUUCAAUAAAUAACUGUAUACACAUGUAAAUCACUCAUUUUCAGAUGUGGAGGCCACUCAUAAACAUCCUCACUUUUGCCCUGUGUACAGGAGACUUUCCAAGGCAUUGCAGAAAUAUUGUUUUGUCUUGUUUGUUGACUUUGAUCCAGAGACAGACCUAGAAGACACAAGUAACACAUUAGUGGUUAAACAGUAGUUGUUGAUAUAACAAGUACAAUGUAGAAUUUCAUGGGAGCUUCAAUCCUUUUCACAUGCCAAAAUUAAGACAAACAGUGAAGAGUAAAUUUAUUGUCCCCAAAACAUCAUUUAUCUUUCCUAUUCUAUGUUGAUAAGUUCAAUAGAUUCAUGAUCUUUAGUACAAGCAUAAAGAAUAACCUUGAUUGUGAUUUAAAUUUUAACAGGAUCCACUUUCCUUUAUGUUGCCUUCGGAGUGUUGUUAAGUCAUUAGGUGGCUAAUUGCAAAACAUUUUAAAAGUCAUAAAAAGUAAUGUGGUAUUACCAUUUGGUAUUUAGCUUUUUAUUGUCAAUGCGAGGCUGUACAAAGGAUUAUUUUCUAUCAGUGUGGUAUCGGUAUGCUUUUACAACAUAUUGAUAUGUGUUUCUCUUGACUCAGUAGAAGUUCAUAAAGAUGAAAAUCAGUUAUGUGCAGUAUGUUUUUUGUAGAAUAAGAAUUAAAAUGAACACUCAGCACAAAUAUCUAAUACAAUGUAUGUUGUAUUAAGAAUCUCUUCUACCAUUAAAACAUCUUUGUAAUUUUGUAUUGAGUAGAAAUACUUAAAGCAGACAUGCACAUCAGCAGAAAACUUAAUACUUUAAUAAGAAACAAAAUGAUAUUUCUGCUACAGUGUAUAGUAAAUUUUAAUGUUUAAAAGAUCUACUUGUUAUUCUUACCAUUAAUUUCGUAUAUUUAGAAAGUUUUUAUGUACACAUAGGAAUUAGAAACAUGGAAUCACAGAAUGAUUUGAGUUGGAAGGGACUUUAAAGAUCAUCCAGCUCCCUGCCAUGGGCAGGGUUGCCAACUGUUAGAAGAGGUUGUCCAGGACACCUCCUACUAGAUUAGGCUGCUCAAAGCCUCAUCCAUCCUGGCCUUGAACGCUUGCAAGGAUGGAGUGUCCACAGCUUCUCUGUUCCAACAUCUCACCACCCUUUCAGUAAAGAAUUUCUUCCUAAUAUCUAAUCUAAAUCUACUCUCUUUCAGUUCAAAGCCUAUGCCUUAAUUGCUAAACUCCUUCAUGAAGAGUGAUGCCCUGUCUUUCUUGCAGGGCCUCUUUAAGUACUGACAGGUUGUUGUAGAGUUUCCCCAGAGGCUCCAGGCUAAAUAAUCCCAACAUUCUCAGCCUUUCUAACACUGUAGAGGUGCUCCGACCCUCUUAUCACCCUCGAGGCUCUCCUCUGGACCCAUUUUAACAAGUUCAUAUCUUUCUUAUGCUGAGGUUUCCAGAGUUGAAUGUGGCACACCAGGUGGUGUCUUAUAAGAGUGGAGUUAAGAGGGAGAAUCACUUCCUUCAACCUGCUGGUCAUACUGCUUUUGAUGCAAACCAGGAUAUGGAUGGCCUUCUGCAGAAGUUAUACAUUCCCAGUUAUACGUUCCCAGUUUCUGUAUUGAUUACGAUAUUGAUUAUGACAUUGACAUAAUCAACAGCAGUACAUUCAGCUGAGACAGCUGUCUUCAGUUCCUGAGACCACCCUGAAGUGAUUCUUCUUGCUUUUUAUCUUUUUGUGCAAAAAGCCCCCAUCACCUUUCCUAUUAGAUUUUACUAUCCAUGUAUUUUUUUUUUUUAAUCAAUUCAGCAUAUCAGAAAAUGUACACGUUUUCACUUCUAUAGAAGAGGCUACCUUUCACAGAUGACAUUUUGCUGCUUACUAAGGAGGUUGUUUAAUUUUGUUUUUAGAGAAUGACGAUGGAUUUUCAUCACAUUGCUGAUUCAGUAGUAGUUCUGCUUCAAAUGGCUGUUGUCUUAAAAUAGGGCUAUAGGGAUGUGUAUGCUUACAUACAUACACAGAUUCUUUAAAGACUGAACGUUUCCUGAAGGAUCUUUGUUAACAUUGUCUUACAUUUGGCCAAGUUAAGUGACACUUAAAAUAUCUUGGAGUCGAAGACUGUUUUAAAUACUGCCCUAAUAGUGCUCUUUUCCCCAGUUGUUGCCAUAAAUUCUUUAUUCAGGGAUGCAAAAAUUAUGAACACUUUUGUAUUAAACAUAAAAAUAAGCUCCAUGCACUGGGCUGGGUCUGAGUACCUUUAGUUACUUUUUCAGUUUUGGAUACAUUCCCUGAAUUCAUACUUGAGAUUUUCUUCUCUUCUGUUGCCUUUCAAAGGGAGUUACUUCUGCAUUCAGAGCAAUUAUUUGUGACACUAGGCAGAGCACAUAUCCAUGUAGAUUCAUUUUAUUCCUUUUUAUUAUCCAUCCAGAUAUGUAGAACUUCCCCCUCAAAUCAAGGACCUGUUCAAGGUACUCAUCUGUUAAAAUACAGUUGAUACAAACGUAUUUGUUAUUGUUUUCAUUUCUGUGUGAAGUACUGAUGUGGUGGAAUAAGAAAAGGAUGCACUUCAAAGUAUUGCUUUAUAUACUUUUGUCAGAACAUUAAUUAUUCCAGGCAUGUAAACACUAAACCUAAAAAUUCCAUCGAUUCUGAGGUUAAUUAAUUUUACCUUGCCAUUCUUUUUUCACUUUUUUGAGGGAAGGCUGAUUCACAUGUCACUGAAAUGUAAAUUUUGGUAAUCCAAGUAAAGACCUUUCUUCACCCCAACUUAUAUUCCUUAAUUAUAAGGAAAUUAUAACACUAAUAAUAAUUUAUUUGAGUCCUUGACGUUAUUCAUACUAGAAUUUCUGUACAUUCUUUAAAGUCUUCUUUGAUUCUAACCACUGGGCUUAGGUUGAAGGCCAGACCUGAAAACAUGAGAAAGAACUAGAAACCCUUAGUAGGAAGAGCAAUAAGCUGCACAAUAAAAGUGUGUAUGUGGAAUGGAAGAUUUUCAGGAUAGGGUCUUCCUCUUCUUGCUUAACAGCUAGCAUAGAUGAGGAAAUCUUGCACAUUAAACUAUAGUGUUUUCUCAUUAUUAGUUUUAGUAUUUGUUUUUACAAAAAGCACAUUUAGGAUUUUUGUUUAACGCUCCUAGUGGGGCUGCCUAGGCCCCAUCCAACCUAGCCAUGAGUGUCUCCAGGGAUGGGGCACCCACAACUUUUCUGGGCAGUCUGUGACAGCACCUUACUGCCCUCUGAGUUAAGAAUUUCUGCCUAAAUCUCCCCUCUUGCCCUGUCUCUAUCGUGUAUCAUGUAAAAAGUCAAUCUCUCUCCUAAGCUCUCCUCAAGUUACUGGAAGGCUAUAACAAGGUCUCUGAUCAUCCUCAUGGGCUCCUCUGGACCUAUUCCAACAGUGAGAUCUUAAAGGAAACUUAUUCAGGAAUUCAAUUGAGUCAAAGCCAGAUGUGUAUUUGGCAGCUUCUGCAUUGGAAACACAGCUUCAGCUUAUGAAAAAUGUUCAGAAAUUGCAAAGCUCAUUCUCAGGAAGUUGGGUUUUUUGGUUUUUUUUUCCCAUUUAUUUUAUUCACAGUUAAUGUAUUUGCUAUUCUUUCUCUAUUGCUAAGAAUAAAGACAGAAGGGAUAAUAUAUCUAUCUUUCCUAGAAAUUGAGUUGUAUAUGUUGUAGUUUUGUCAGUUUAUUUCAUACUGUUUCAAAAGAAUAAAAAACAAAAAAUUUCUGAAUGUUUCUAUUUUUUGAUGGCUGUAAAAUGAAAUGAUGAAAUAGUAAGGUGAAAGUUGCAUACAGAAAAUGGCAUGGUUACUUUUAUUUUUAAUUUUGAUG